CCUCAUCUCAUCUCACACAAAGUAUCAUCUCACCUUCUCAAAGACCUCAUGGCUGCUUCAAACAAUCACGUAGCAUCCCUGCGUCUGCUAAAGCUGCCAUUUUCAAUGGCAAAGGGUUUGAGGAUGCAGCGGGAUAUGCUCGCUAUCUACAACAUUUUCAGGAUCGUUCUCUGCAUCCUUCCAUCACUCUUGACCCUUCCCGGUUCAACAGAUAUGGAAUGGAUAUUCCUCGCUUGAUCAACUCUGUCGGAUGGGGUGAUAUUCUUCCAAAUCGAAACUUUGGGUUUCGUCUUGAGGCAGUUCAGAUGUUCUACUCUAACAUGAAGCCUUGUCUCCAUGUUUCUCCCCCAUGCUUCACUACGAUAGUGUACAAUUACUUGAUCACUAUCAAUGUGGAACUGUUGUCACUUUUGCUUGGCAUACCCAUCGCUGGAGCAGAAGUCAUGAAUGAGCUGGACUUUCACUCUGUUGAAUUUAAUGAGGGAGAUGCUCUGCGUUUGUAUACGCGUGACAUAGGUCGUUACUACCCCUCGGAAUUUCAUUCUGGUAGACUUCCAGAUGACCUCAAAGUUCUGCAUUUUUACAUCACCCGUUGCUUUCUGCCUAGAUCAUUUGGGCUCAAUACUAUCUAUCCAUCCGAUCUCUGGGUUCUUGCUAGUGCCAAGGAGAAUCGGGUCAUCAGUUACCCACAUCUAAUGUUUGAUCACAUGUUGAACUAUCAUGCUGAUAACUAUAAUGCCGAGCUUCCUUUUGCUCCACAAAUCACUCAGAUUCUACUGGCCUUAGGAUUAGAUCUCCGCUUUAAGGUGGCUCGUGUUGAUAUGCUGAGCUCCCUUCGUGCUCAGUUUAUCCUACGUAAGGUGGAUGCAUCAGUGGGUCGUCGCCGCCCGCUGGUCAAUGCUCCAGGGGGAGAAGCAGCUGAUGGAGUUCCCUCUGAUCAGGAUGGACUUCAUCUGUCUGAGCUAGGUGGGGAUGAAGCUGAGGAAGAACCAAAAAUGGCAGAUAUGGUUACCAUAGCCAGAGAUAAUGGAAAGCGACCCAUGGUGGAUCCUUUGGAAGCGGUUCAAGCUAUGUUCAGGCAGGAGGAAGCAAGUAGCAGCAAUAGAAAUCUGAUGAUGGAGGAUGAAGAGGCUAUAUCAGAUUAUGUGCCAUCUCCUAGGUUUACUUUUUAAAGGGAACACUAAGCUUAGGGGGAGUCAAGAAAUUGAUCCUUGUAGGGACUACGUUGGUUAGAUUAAGUGUCUUAGGGGUUGGAGUAUCAAUCUUGAAUAAUGCUCUGUCAGAGCUCAUGUCAUUUUAGUUUUAAAUUUGUGUCUGAAUGUUCUUGAGUGACAUCGUCAGGAGUUUAAUAAAAUGAUGCUCUUUCU